AUGGAUAAAAUAUCAAAAGAAUUAAAUAUAAACAGUAAAAAUAUUUUUGUCACGUCGUCACCAACGGUGUUUGCGGUCGUUGUCCACAAUACUUGGCUAAGGAAGUGGUUGAAAAACGUAGAAAUUGAUAACUGUGUAAACAAUUUAGAUUUUACCUUGCAACCUGGUGAAAGUGUACCUUACCCGUGGAAAAAGAUAUUUAUUAGGGUAUUAGACAAAAAGACAUCGAAAGUUUUACCUUUGCCGCGGUACAAAGUCAAUGAAACGAAUGCAGAGACGCCGCUCACAUUCUCUCAAUUGCUCCAAUAUGUCUCACAAAGUAACCAGAGAAAUUUAUGGAAGGAAUCAUAUAAAAAAUACUGUCAAAAUGAUAGCUGCAAGGAAAGUACCAUAGUGAAUCUCUUGGAACACGAUCAACUAUUAACAGAAAUAAUAAUAAGAUUGUAUAGCUGUAAUAUAAUUAGGAUAAGGCCAGAAGCCAAAUUUACUGAGUACAAAGACAUAACUGGCAAGCAAGUAUCAAAGUCGUAUGAUACACAUGCCAACUUAUUAGCAGCUAUGUACGUUUUAGAAAGUGACAAUAACUAUUUUGUAGUGUAUAGGGGACAUUACGAGAAUAAUUUACUAGAUUGCCUUAACUUCAGUCCACAUUUAAUAGAUAAGUCAUAUUCUAGAGGUCUGCUUAUUGUUUAUCAAUUGUUGAAUGUUUCAAAAGCUUUGUGUGAUAGGGGGCUUAGUUUAGGGACUCUUAGUUUGCGGGACAUUUAUCUAACUGAGGAUUUAUGGCUUCAAAUAAUACCACCGAUAGUGAACAACAUCCAUUGCCUUGACCCAUCGUUGAUAUGUGAACAGAAUCGUAAUAAACAGAGUACAAAUCAAAAUCAACCAAUAAAUAACCAGAUAACACCUAAGAGGGGAGAGGACUGGUAUUGGCGGAGUGAUGUGGUACAACUGGAGAAGUUAUGUAUGUUAUGGGUCAGAGGAAGGAUCUCAAACUUGGAUUAUUUGCUACAUUUGAAUAUCCUAGCUGGAAGAUCAGCCAAUGACCCUCAGUCUCAUUUUAUGGUUCCUUGGGUGACUGACUUCAGUUCUAGAUGUGGUCGUAAUUGGCGUGAUUUGACAAAGUCGAAAUACAGACUCAACAAAGGCGAUCGUCAGCUGGACAUGACUUAUGACGUCACAAGUUGUAAUGGACAGAUACCCCAUCACGUUACGGACGCAUUGUCAGAUAUUACCUGUUAUGUUUACUUAGCACGCAGGACUCCUAAAGAUACCCUGUGUAAAUACGUACGCAAUAAAUGGGUGCCGGCAGAGUACCCCGCUUCGAUACAACGCAUGCAAGAAUGGACCCCUGACGAGUGCAUACCAGAAUUCUACACAGACCCUAUUGUGUUCAAAAGUAUACAUGAAGAUUUACCUGACUUAGGUAUUCCGUCCUGGGCAACUUGUGUGGAAGACUUUAUAACUAAGCACAGAGAGGCUCUAGAAAGUACUUAUGUUUCUGAGAAUCUUCACCACUGGAUAGAUAUCACUUUUGGAUACAAACUAUCUGGAACAGCGGCGGUGAAAGCAAAAAACGUUUGCUUGUCGCUAGUGGACGGCCACACAUACACAAGAAGGGGGGCGACCGUACAGUUGUUGACCGCGCCUCACCCGCCGAGGCGACUGAGAUUACCACCCCCCGCGCCUCCGAGACUUAGAUGGACUGCCCCAAGAGAUUCCAAGAAAUUCGUUCGUGAUAGUUCAGAUGAAAUAUCUGAUGAAGAAGAAGAGUCCAGCAGUCUUCCUCAACACGUAUCUCGAUUAAACGUCCCGCCCCAAAGAACGCGAAGACAUAAAAGUAGUAACAGAGCUCGUUCCUUAUGUAAGGGUCAGGAGGAAGAUGUUGUUAGCACCGAAAGUAGAGCAUCUUCCCAUUCUAGGCACUAUAGGGUACAACGUUCAGAACUCGGCAAAGGUGUGAUAUAUUUACCCAAAGAAUACAAUCCAGCAGCCACAAUACAAGCAUUAGAAACUUUGGACAACUUCCGAACCAAAUGCUUCUUUAGUGGCGCUGAAGAUAAUGCAAAACAUAAAGAACAUGCAACGCUAAAUUUGUGCACCGUCCAACAAGAGCCGAAGGAAAAUGCUAACACCGGGUCUAGUGAAGUGGUUGAAGAGACUGCUUUUACAAAUCACAUGUUUUUAGCGUCCUACGAUCAGGGUUACUUAAAGAAAAUCAGCCAGGAUAACAAUUUAGAAAGUGUCCUUAAAGAACGAAAAAACAGAAUGUUCAGUCCUCGAUACACGACAGACGCGGCCAUUUAUAAACAGUUCGUCACAGAGAGUCGACGACAGGAUAUGCUUGUAAUUGGGUGCCUUAUAGUUGAAAUAUUCCUGCAUACCUACAUGCGUCCAUUAAGAUUAACUAACGAGAAUUUUGUAGAAAGAUACAAUAGUUGUCGCACAAUUCUUAAGUAUAACUACAAUUCGAUGCCAAAAUGUGCGAGCUAUAUUGCGUGCCUUCUUUUACAAGUUAAUCCACCCAGUUUGAGCUUCAACAAUGAACUGAAGCUUAGUGCUGAAGAUUCCAGAAAAAGAAUUAUUGUCACGGACAAAGGCUUACCGCCACCUACUCCAUCCCAGUUAUUACAACCACUAAUAAUGCAACAUUUGAUACCUUUCCCUCAAAGUUUUAACCUUCUAUACAAUCUUCUAAGCACUUUACAUGAGUACGAUCUUACUGGCGAUGAGUUACAUAUAUUGUACACAUAUGAAUGUGACGGCACUCAAUGUGAAAAAUAUCAAAAUGUUGAUAAAACCAAGCUAUAUUUUUCACAGAAAAUAGCUGAAGGAAAGAUCCAAGCAUGCAUCACUCAUUUGGGGGUACUUUUAAAUCAAGUCACUAACGAUAAUCAAUUUAACGUACUUGAUAUUUUCCUGCAACAUUAUAUCCAGCUUUUGGAAAAUAAAAAUACAUCCGUCCUUGCCGCUUGGCAUUUGUUUGAUACUAUUAGCAAGGUUUUAGGGCCUGCGGACACAAAUAGUAAGCUUUUGCGGCACAUUUUAAAUCUUUACGAAGACGACGAAUAUGUUUACGACAAAUCAGAUCAUAAGUUGACCGAUGUCGAUGCAAUAACGAACGCAGGACUAGCUAAUAAACAAAAGUAUGUGAAACUCUACCACCAUAUAUUCCUACUUCAACUUAUGGUGCGAUUGGGACUACAAUGUUUUUUAGACAAUUUCACUCAACAUUUGGUAGAAGCUGUUGGUGGUUACAAGGAUGUGACUUCUGACAGUGGAUCUCCUGGUCACUUGUGUCACAACCGCGCAACAUUGAACAAGAAACCAAGAUAUUCUGAUGAUAAUCUGAAAAAUGCCUUAACUUCUACAUCCGAUAUUUUCUCACCGGACACGUCUUAUGGUUCCGAACACGUUGUAACGCCAAACAUCGAUAAAAGUAUGUCAGAAGUGAAUGAAGUAAUGAAAGACCAAGAUAGCAGAAGUGAAAGUGAAUUGUUUCAUUUCGAAAAUGAUAAAGAUAGAAACCCCAGUUGCAGUAGUAGAAGCAAAUCACCAUCAGGUUCCGUUGAUUCAAAUACUGUGAUUAGGGACUCGAAUACUUUGCAAACACCUUCACCAGCUGCAGAUUAUAUUUCUCCGGGAAAUUCGAGAUUUUUCACCAACUACUCUUCACCAAAUUCCAAAGACACUAAUGUCAUCGUGAUAAAAGACGAAAUUCAAGACGUAGUACCUGAUUCUAAUAAAGCGAUGUCACCAACUAUCGACAUACCUAAACCUAUGUUUACUAGCUACUUGCAUUUCGCUCAUGAAGUGUCAAAUUCAGAAGGCAAUAUCAUUGAGUCAAAGAAUGGAGAAGGAAGUAUAGGUGUGCGACAAAUUAAAAGUUUAGAGCUAGUAAGAAAUGCUGAAAAUAAAACAGUGGAGUUCCAAAUAAAGGAGGAAGAUAUAGAUCAAAAUUGCGAUGAUAAAACUAGUUAUAAGAUAUCAGAUAUGAGUUCCGAAAGUCUUAUUUGGUUAGCUCAUAGAUUGGGCCCGGUGCUAACGUGUAGAUACAUCACGAGGAAUUUGUUAAAGAUGCUCACUUUAUGUUAUAUCGGGAAGGAAAAUCUGGCAUCUUGGGACGGAGAUGAAAAGGAUGAAUUUGAUGAAAUAUCUAUAGUCAACAGUAAGGUUGUGGGAGACAAAAACGCUAUGAAGGUUAUCAAAUGCCUCACUUCUAUUGUAGCUAUGUACGGAGAGCAGCUAAUAAUAUUCCAAUAUCUGCCUCACAUGGGUGAGUUGAUAGCGUCUUGUAGACGUCGCCUGUCUACACCGCUAGAGGGCGGUGUUGUAGCAUGUUUGCAGCUCAUUAAAUACCUCUUGCCCUUCAUGUCCGAUGCCAAAGUUAUGGAGCAGUUGCAGGACACAUUUCUAAAAACAAUCCUGCAACCAGCGUUGCGCUUAGCGUCUACAACGCGGUGUGCGUACCCAAGCGGCGCGCCCGCUCGGUGUGCGCUCGCUCGUAAACUAUUGGAUGCUUUACAUGUAGUUGCCGUGAGGAUUGGGCCUGAAAUGACGAGGAAACACUUGUGUGUGCCGGCUCUCCAAAGGUUUUUCCUAGCGUUCGACAAAGCGACAGGUAAAACGGAUAACUGGCCAAAACAGGAUGAAAAUAAUCUUGACAAGUCUUCCGAACAGGAUUCAGCUGAUUCAAAAUUAGAAGGCUUUUUGGAGAUCUGCCGUGACGGCAGCACAGCAGAAUGGGCGAUUAAGGACGGUCGAGUCGUGCGUGCUGAUUUGCCCGAACUAGCGUGCACGCCUCCGUCCUUCAACGACCGCUGUGACGUCACUACGCUAACCGCGCAAGAGGAACUGCUUAUGGUAUUCGAUGAGGAGCUCGCCUACCAAUCUUAUACGAGGUUCACUAAAUUCGUCGGGACAGAUACCGUGGAGAGAUGUUUGAAGAACAGUGAAACUAUACGAUCGCUUUGCUCCAAGUAUAGGCAAGCUCAUAUGAUCAGCUCACCUCUACACAUAACGCGUCAAGACAAACGUUUCCAAUCUUCACUUAGUGACGAGCCGCUCCACCGAAGAACUAUAGACAUCGUACCAUCUAAACCAGAACUUGUCGCUGACCAUUUGUCAAAUUCCAAUAGCUUUGGAUCCAAUGUCACGUUAGUUGGCAACAGGAUAGAUGUGUCAAGUGACGCAUGCGAGGGCAGUGGGGGACAGGUCGACGGGUUUGACGUCGUGGCGUAUAAGAUGGACGCUGGAAAUAAGAGCGAUCGACAUCUUCGAGGAGAUUGGCUGAUUUACUGGGAGCACGAGAUCGGCCGCGCGGAUAAAGACACUCGUUUCAACCUCAAACAGAUCAAACUACAGACGUUCCUUGGACACACGCAUUCCGUAAAAUCAAUACAUUGUCUCGACAAUGAGAACAGUUUUAUGAGUGGUUCCAAGGAUAAGACUGUGAAACUGUGGUCUUUGAGGAAUCAGGGUGAUGGGAAUGCAUCCACUCAGUGCAAUUGGACGUACACGGGCCACAAGAAAGGUGUUCUGUCUCUGACGUUCUUAGAGUCCCUACGUUUGGCCGUUUCCACGGAUUCUGUUGUGCAUAUCUGGGACCCUUUUAUGGAGAGUGUUGUGUCUCAACUGGAUAAUAUGAAAGCGCCGGUCAGCAUAGUACGGACUUUGCCAGGUCCGUCUUGUGCCAUCGUCGCCGCCACCACAGAUGCUACGUUGAGGAUUAUAGAUGCGCGGGCGCCGAAUUAUCCGCAUGAGCUUAAGGUGGUGAGCGGCGGUACGUCUUUCAUUCGCUGCAUGUGCGUAAGUCCGGGCGGUGCUUGGAUUUGCGUAGGACUCUCAAGCGGUUUGCUGGCCGCCCUGGACACACGAUCUGGCGCUCCAAAGGCUGUCUGGAAGGCACAUGAUGGAGAGGUACUACGCUUAGCUGCUGUGGAUGACCAUAGAGUUCUAAGCUCUGGCUUAGAUCAGGUGACUGCACUUUGGAGCGUUGACGAUGGAGAGUUGAUAGCACAUCUUAAAGGCAGUACUGAACCCGUGCAUUGUCUAUCCGUGUAUUACAACGAACUGAUAUCUGGAACUACGAACAAUCGGAUAGGCGUUCACACUUCACUGGACCAGGAAGCUUCGUUCUCCAGCACUAAGCUACGCUCAGACACGUUCAAAGGCGUGCUUACUUGUAUGUCGGUAUUGCCACUAAAUAGGUUACUGCUAUUGGGCAGUGAUAAUGGGACAAUCAGUUUGCUGUGUUGAGGAAUACAGUUUUUUUAUUGGCUAAUGUGUUGUAGAGUGAUGAUAUAAGCAUAGAUAAACGCAGAAUUUCCCAUAAAAAGGUUAUAAGCUGGUAUCACACAGUCGGCAUGCCUCUCUGAAUUCAUAAUCUGUAUGCAUAUUCGAAGCGAUGGUAGCCCAGUAGCCAGGGACUAACUUUACAAAUCCCAGGACGCACAGUUAUGUGCGUUUUAAGCAAAUAAAAUAUCACUUGAUUCAACUGUGAACGAAAAAUGGUGGAC